AUAAAUACCCAUGCAUGCAAAGGCAAUGGGCAAGCAAGAGUAGGAGAAAGCAAGAGAGAAAUUGAGGGAGAGCUCUUGUGAGAGAAAAGAAAGAGAGAAAUUGUGAGAAAUCCUUGUGUAGAUUAAGAGGGAGUAUUUGGGAGAAUUUGGGAGCUUCUAUACAUUGAAACUAGGGUGUUGAGUGCUUCUUGAGUGAGAGAGUUUCUAAAUUAUUGUACUCUUUUUCUUAAUAGUGGAUUUAUUUCUCUCUUUCCCGUGGAUGUAGACUUGUUGAGAGGUGUAUAAGUCGAAUCACGUUAAAUUAUUGUCUCAAUUUCUUUAUCGCUUCCAUUUGUGUGGGAUUGUGGAAGUCCACUACCUUCACCUGUAUCCAUUGCAUACAAAGGCCCCAAUGAUUCUUCAAUCAUCUUGGCCGACUCAGUUGUCAUAUGGUGAGGAGGCAUCCCGUAGAUUUGAAUCCAAAAUGGAACAACAUAUAGGGACUCUUUUCAUAGCAUCUCAUCCCCAACCACCUCCUUUAAGACCAGCAUUUGGUUCUCAAAGUGCUAAAGACCCUCUUGCAAAACUUGAACUAGAUCAUUCCUAUGAAAGAAUUGGAACAAGAAGAGCUUAUUGCCUAACACUUUCAUAUGCAUCCCUCACACUAGUCACCAAGCCUAGCCAGCAACCUCUCUAUAGCAAAAACAUUAAAGUGUUUCCUAGUCAAUACCGUUCCAACCACAUCCCAAAAACCAUACCUACCACCACUACCUUGAUUCCCCUGCAAAAGAUGCUAGCACUACUGUCACAUCCUUUGCUUCCAAAAGGCAAAACCGAUUCCCCAUAGCGGCUACCAAGUUGUCCAUCACAUUCCUCCAAUUUCUAGCCUAUCUUGCGUCUCGUGGAGCCAUCCUUGCCUCAAAUCCUAACCACUGCCCACAAGAAAGGAAGAAAGAAAGAAAAUGAAAAAAAGAAAAGAUUGUGCCUCUCAAUGAGAAGAGAGAUGAAAAACCCUAAGCCUAGGGAUACUUUUAGGAAUUUUUUUAACCAUGUAUAAAUCAUUGUUCCACACACAUGGGCUAAGUGGAGAAAGGAUUGUGCCUCUCAAUGAGAAGAGAGAUGAAAAACCCCAACCCUAGGGAUACUUUUAGGAAUUUUAUUAACCAUGUAUAAAUUAAUGUUCUGCAC